ACUGAAUGUACGAAUCGCAACGGGGUGCCGAUCAAAGUGGACCUUUACUGACCCACACACAUCAAAGUUGUUGGUGAACGCAGCAGGCCAGGCAGCCUCUUUAAUCAAAGAUCCAGUGCAGGUGGUGCCUGAUUUAUGAUGUUGUUUGAGAAUUCCACAGACAAUUUUGACCAUUCUCAUUCAGCUUCAGUUCUCUAUGUCCUGAGCUUCAUGAUAGGUCGAUCUUCAUUGGAACAUUGAGAAGGAUGCACGACUACCCUCACAAUCUCUUUCUUCAUUUUGACUAAGGCAAGAAGUGGAAAAAUCACACAAGAAAAGACAGAGGCUCCCCAAGUAUCAUUUAAAGCCCUGUAGUCACUGGAUUGUUAUACAGACCAGCCAACGAGGGACAGAGAUCAGAAAUGGGAGGGUCAAGCUCCAGUGAACAGAUGGCAGAGACUGAGACCCCCUCAUUCUUCACACAGGAAGAACUGAGCAAACUAAAGUCUGAUUUUGAAACAGGUGGGGUGGAAAAAGUUAAACCACUGAUAGACAAAAAAGUAACUGAUCUGGACAAAACAGAGCUUAACAUCGCAGUGACGGGAGAAACAGGUACAGGAAAAUCCACCUUCAUCAAUGCCAUGAGAGGACUUCGGAGUGAUGAUCCAGGAGCAGCUGAAGUUGGGACCACAGAAACAACAAAGGAGCCAACCGGAUACUCACAUCCCACUCUGCCCAAUGUUCGCUAUUGGGACCUACCAGGGAUGGGAACUACACUAUUUCCAGCAGCUACAUAUCUCACAAAAAUGAAAUUCAAAAGAUUUGAUUUCUUUAUCAUAAUCUCCACUGUUCGAUUCAAAGAAAGUGAUGUAAAACUUGCCAAAGAGAUUAAACGGCUGGGGAAACAAUUCUAUUUUGUCCGCUCUAAGAUUGAUGCUGAUCUUUAUUCCAUGAGGAAAGAUAAGGUGUUUAUUGAUGAAGAAGAAGAGCUGGAAAAGAUGCGGAGUGACACUGUCAGGAGGUUGGUAGAGUCAGGGUUUCCAGAUCCAGCUGUGUUCCUGAUAUCCAGUUUAGAGCCGGAUCAUUUUGAUUUCACUCGGUUAAAUGAAGGACUCGAAGGUGAUCUAAAUAAUGUAAAGAAAAGGAUCUUUGUCCUGGCCCUUCCAAAUGUAAGUGUGGAGAUAGUUCAGAGGAAAAAUGAGAUUCUGAAAAAACAUGUCUGGAUGUUUGCAACACUCUCUGGGGGAUUGGGAGCGGUCCCAGUUCCCGGCUUCUCUCUUGCUUGUGAUAUCGGUAUAGUGAUUGGAGCCAUUGUCCACUUCCGGAAAUGCCUGGGUCUGGAUGAUGCUUCUCUUCAAAGACUGGCUAACAGAGCAGGAAAACCUGUGGAAGACCUGAAGGCGACAGUAAAAGCUCCAUUGCUGGGGGAAAUAACCCCAGAUGUAAUUGUGAGAUUAGGUUGGGGGGUUGCUGUUGUUACCAUUUCAGCCCUGGAAUUCGCUUUCGACUUUGUCCCUGUCAUUGGCUCCAUUUUUGGAGCAGGCUCAUCAUUUCUCAUGACAUACAAGAUACUGAGUGCUGCACUGAAGGAUCUUACAGAGAAUGCAGAGAGAGUGGUGAAAGUUGCCUUUGAAACUGAUUAACUGCUCUGUAAAUGUAUCCACCCAGUGAAUUUGUAUCAUGUUUAAUAAUUUGAUGAUAUUACAUCAAGCACCAAAUCCUGCUGUAAUUCUACUCAAUAAUGUUCAUUUCUACUGCACGGAUUCCUCGAAAUAUUUCUGAUUCAAUACCUGGGGGCGGUGGGGGCGGGGUAAGGAGUUCCUAUCUGCAGCUUUGUGGAAAACCAGAGCAAGAUUAACAGAGUGCUGUUCCAUGAAUUAAACAUUAAAAUUAAACUAUAUCUGCCUUCAGAGGUGUACAUAAAGGAUGUACCUGUAAGGGGUUUCUUUUUUUUGUCACUGCAUAGUCUAAUUAAAAUGGCUUCUUUGUUAUGUUAUAAUUGAAAGGGCUUCUUUGUUAUGUUAACUGCUGAGAAAGUCCUCCCGCAAGCAGUUUGUUUUGGAUUAUCUAUUGAAAAGAGGACGAAUGAACCAAUUGGGAUAGUUGUUAUGCUUUCUGUUUGUCUGUAAGAUAUUGUAUGCGUGGGUUUUUGGGCAGAAGGCGGGAGAGAGAGACAGAGGAUGGACCAGGUGCUGUGAGUCCGCUAACGGGGUCGGACCCUGAGCAGGAGUCCGAGGUCCAGGGUGUUUGGCGAGGAGAGGAAAUGGAGAUGGACUCGUGUGGAGCGUCUUGUCGACCACCUUGUUGGUCCCAGGCGGCAGGUCAAGGUGGUCUGAGGGGAUCGCAAAGCGAAGAAGGAAGGUCCUGAGCUCCAACUGUCUGUGCAUGAAGAGAUUGAACUUUGAUAAGUGUGGUGCCUUUUAUUUUCCUUUUAUAUUUUAUUCUCUAUUAAUUAUAUAGUUCCAGUAAUAUCUAUAAACUGUAAUUUAUUUA